AUGUGGUAUGCAAAGAAGGGAGAAAAAUUGCCAAAAAACAACGGUUUAGCGUAUCAUGAUGAGUGGACUCAAUCUCAUUCUUCCUGGACGAAUAAUCACCGCUCUUUCUACAUCACAUUGAGAGACGUCUACGGUAAAGGAAUUUUUGCUGAAAAACUUCGGAUUCACAAAGAAAAUUGUGAUGCAAUAUCCGACAUCUACGGCUUCAUGACAGCAUUCCGAUAUGAUAUGCAAAUCAGAAUGAACGCAUUCGCACACCGAGUUCCUUCAAAAGACGGUGCGGCGGUACCUGACAUCUCCGUAAAGCAAUUGGUAGUCAUCGAACAAUGUUACAGCAUAGUCCGUUCUUACGGAGAAGCCAGCUGGAAAGAUAAUAUGUACGCUCCAGGAGCGUCACACGCAUCUUACGACCCUGACACAGGUACGAAACGCCCCGAGUUAACAAAAUCCGCUUCAUACCCAAUCAAUAAUCAUCAACAAGGUACGGGUUCUGCGGGUCGUGGGAACCAUCAAGAAAGGAGGAAGGAGAAGAGAUGGAACAACCAAAACCACGGUUGGGGACAUGGGUAUAAUUAUUUUCAGCCAAACGGCGACCAUCAUAAUCCAAGUUUCAGUCAGUUCAAUCACGGUUUCAUGAACAGUCACUCCACCGGAGCACAUGAUAACCAGAACUAUCGUCAAUACUCGGGUCAUAAUAAUUACGGCUAUAACCUUCAGAAUAACGCUUCCGGUUCUAAUUACAUUCAGAGCAACCAAGGCAAUCACUACGGACCUGGUGAAGGCCGCAAACGUUUCAGAGGAAACGAUAACGGUGGUAAGGGUGCUGGGAAAGAUAAUGACCCUAGCAGCGGGGGGAAACAAUUAUUGUGGCCCACUGAAGUUAUUUGUGAAAUGAAUUUAGCGGAGUGGCGUCUAGCCCUCGACAACGCAAAUUUGUUACCAGAAUUAAACCAUGUCUUGAGAGGUUUUGAGAUAGGUUUUGAUCAAGGGAUCCCUUUUCACAGACUAGGUAAUCUACGGUGGUACACACCAGAUAACCAUACAUCAGCAAGCGAAGCGGCAGAUAAGAUACAAAAGUCAAUUAAAGAAGAAUUAGACGGAGGCCGGAUGUUCGGCCCAUACACUCACAAAGAAGUAGCCGAAAAAUUCCCAUUUUUCAGGACCAGCCCGUUAGGUUCAGUCAUAAACGCAGACGGGAAGAUGAGGCCCAUCAAUAAUUUAUCCUAUCCAAGACAGGAUGAUGAAAUUAGGUCGGUCAAUUCCUUCGUAAAUAAGUCGGAUUUCUCAACGACUUGGGACAAUUUCAAGACAGUCUCCGCGUUCUUCCGUAACAACACAGACGUCUACAAGCUCGCCCUAUCUGACUGGGCAAAAGCAUAUAGGCAAAUACCGACUCUGAAAUCUCAAUGGCCGUACCUUAUGGUAAAAGACCUAAACGGCGGACUUUAUAUUGACACUAGAAUCACUUUUGGAGGCGUGGCGGGCUGCGGCUCCUUUGGGGUACCAGCAGACGCAUGGAAGAGAAUAAUGGAGUAUGAGUUUGAAGUAGUGAAGAUUUUUCGCUGGGUCGAUGACAAUCUUUUUGUCAAAAAGAACGACUCCCUUUGCUCGAUGCAAGAAAUCACCAGUCGGUCAGUCAAAUUGGGAGUGGCGACAAGUGUCGAGAAAUGCUCUGAGUUUGCGGACAAACAGAAAUUUAUCGGCUUCAUAUGGAACGGACUCAAUAAAACAGUAAGGUUGACAGAUAAGAAAUUGAGCGAUAGGAAGGCACAAAUAAAAGUUUUCCUAGUUGAAGGAUCUGAAUUCAAAUUCAAUGACGCCGAGGUCCUCGCAGGUAGGCUGAAUCACGUAUCUUUCAUCCUCCCACAACUGAGAUGCUACAUUCGGAGCGUCUACAGAUGGAUGAACCAGUGGAAAAAGCGCUGGGCUACAAGAAAAAUUCCAGAAGAUGUUAGAUGUGAUUUAGAAUUCUGGUUAUCAACUUUAAACACUUACACCAAUACAAGAAUAUGCCCAAUUGCAGAACCUCUGGAGAUACAUUGGGUAGGAGACGCCUCAACAAGUUUUGGCAUAGGGGUCCUAAUAGGACGUCGAUGGACCCAACUGAGGCUAAAAGAGAACUGGCAGAUCGCGACGCCACCGAGAACAAUUGCGUGGUUAGAAACAGUCGCUAUCCGAAUUGGGAUCCUAAUGCUACAGGUGAUACGCGAGGACGUCAAAGGGUCCAACUUCAUCGUGUACACGGAUAAUACCACAACCGAAAACGUUCUUACUUCAAGAAAAUCGAGGGAUCAUCACUCCAAUGAGGAGUGGAAAUUGAUACAACACCUGCUGAUUACUAUGGAAUUGGACUUGACGCCGGUGAGAGUGGUUUCAGCGGAAAACGCCGCAGACGGCUACACAAGCGCAGUCUCGAAGUUCAUCCAGUUUCAAAAAUUGACGGGAACUCCUUCUUUCCAGCUACCCAUCACAGAAGCGAUGCUUGAAGAGUUUUGCAUUUGGGCGGGUAGGAAUGCCGUGACGUCUAACGCCGGGAAAAUCUCCUCACGUUUGCUACGGAAAUACAUCGCGGGCUUGAAAGCCUGGCAUGUUUACCAUAACGCGACCUUCCCAAUAGGGAACAAGACACGGAUGGACCUAAUCCUUAAAGCUUCUAGCCGAGAAGAUGAGAAGACGACAAAGGGGCCGCCUAAACGCCCUGUAAUGUUGUGGCACGUGACGCACCUGUGGUCAAACCUAGUCCACGGUGAUGACUUCGACAAGGCGGUGCUAGACUUGGCGAUAGUCGCCUUUUGGGGCCUGGCGAGACUCGCGGAAUUGACGUACGCAACGGAUACCGGCGCGAUAGGUUUCACCGACUCAGUUUUAACCUCCGACGUAACGUUAGGGGCGGACGCUACGUUUGGCGAGACGGCCAUUUUAACCCUGCGGAACACAAAAACAAGCUCACCUGGACAGCCCCAGCUAAUCACGCUGACCGAGCAAAAACACGCUCUGUGUCCGGUCCUAGCAAUAAAGCGGUGUUUGUCUUCCGCAGGCGGAGCGAGGACCUCCCUAUUCGGUUACGGGUCAGUAGGCGACAGACAACACCUUACCAGAGGUAAGGCGGUCGCCCGUUUGGAGACGGUCCUGGGUCAAGGAGGCUAUACAGGCCUCACAGGCCAUUCAUUCAGAGUUGGCGGCGCAUCGUUCCGCGCGGCCUUAGGGAUGUCACAUUCCGACGUCUGCCUCCUAGGCAGGUGGAACUCGGAUUGUUACAAGAUUUACCUCAGGGUUUAUUCGGCUGACGAUCUAAAGAAGACGAAGGAUUUAGUUUGCGCUUAUCAAGGCUCCCCUAAGGAGUCCUAG